AUGGUGAACUGUCGGGACAAGGAACGUGCAGGAAGCUGGGGACGUGUACAGGUGGGAGAGCUUGGCGGCAUGGCUGGAGAGGACAGCGAGGCGGGGGGCACGGAAGGAGCACUGGAGACAAAGAAGAAUACAAGGAGAUUAGGUUCCGCUUUCUGCAACUACAGCCUCUCCUGUUGCAUUUUCAUCAUGUCCAGAGAGCCAGUUCACGCCCCUCCCAUCCUGCUAACUCAGCAGAAGUGCAUUGCCAUCUUUGCACUGCUAUGCUGCUUUGCCGUGCUAUUGGUGCUCAUCUUCUCUUCUGUGGAUGUUUGGGGGGACAGUGAGGAUGGAAUCACAGAGGAGAAUUGUCGCACUGACUGUCGCAUUGUCCUUAUGGAGACAAUCCCUGAGGAUCUUAAAGAACACUUGAAUGGCAGACCCCACUUGCCACUCUUUGCUGGCUUCCACACCCUGCUGGACCGAGCUAAGCACUCAGUCCAGGUAGUGUCACCAGUCUGGAACUUGAGGCCCAUGGAAAAAACUAUGACAAGCACAGGAAGACAGGGUCAACGUUUAUUCCAGAGAUUGCUCAGCUUGAAAUCCCGUGGGGUCAAACUAAAGAUUGCCAGCAGCCUGACUAACUCUGCAGAACAGAAGAUUUUGGCAACGCACAACGCAGAGGUUCAUUUGGUCAACAUGACAGCUUUCACCAGAGGAGGACUCCAUUCCUCAUUCUGGAUCGUAGAUCGGACACACUUUUAUGUUGGCAGUGCUGACAUGGACUGGAGGUCAUUCUCCACGAGAAAGGAGCUGGGCCUGAUGGUGUAUAACUGCAGUUGUCUGGCUCUGGACCUCCACAGAGUCUUUUCUUUUUACUGGCAGCUCCAUGAGAGGGACUACAUCCCCUCAAUCUGGUCCAAGAGAGUUACAGCGCUCUAUGGGAGACACCAGGCCCUGGAGCUGGAACUCAACAAUACCCCUGCAGUUGCAUAUGUGUCUUCCUCCCCUGGUCUUUUCUGUCCUAAAGAGCGCACUAAAGAUGUAGAGGCCAUCUAUCACGUCAUGCAGAGUGCAAAGACAUUCGUCUUCAUAUCUGUGAUGGACUACCUCCCUCUGGUGAGCAGGCGCCUCAGAGGAACCUUGGUCACAAGGUACUGGUCGCCGCUUGAUGAGAUGAUCAGAGAGGCCGUGGUCCUGAGAGGGAUCAAAGUUCGCCUGCUCAUAAGCUUCUGGAAGAGCACUCACCCCCUCACCUUUAACUUCGUAACCUCCCUCAAGUCGCUGUGCAUGCAACUGUACAACUGCUCUUUUGAGGUGAGGUUUUUCAGUCACAAGGAGCAAAAGGAUGACAUUCAACAUGGACUCAAUCACAACAAGUACAUGCUGACUGAGAAUGCUUUAUACAUUGGGAACCACAACUGGGUGGGUAAUGAAUUUUCCGAUAAUGGCGGAGUUGGCCUGGUGGUCCAGAUGAAAAGUGGUGGAGGGAAGGUCAUGGAACAACUGAAAGCUGCUUUUGAAAGAGACUGGACUUCACCUUAUUCUAAAAGCCUGAUGGGAAACAAAGAUCGAUAUGACAAGUACAGACACCUGCACUAAGUGGAGAUUAAAGAGGAGAGCGAGUGGAAUGACCCUUUAUCGUUAUAAAUACAGACUACCUUUCUGUAAAUAAUAUUUAAUGUGGACAUGCUAGACUAUGCACUACUAGGAACAGUUUAUAGAGUACUUUAUUUUCCAUUGUCCAAAUUAAUUUAUCUACAUCUUGAAGUAACAAUAUACUGUAGCUCAUUGCAUCUUUAAGUCAUUGUUAGUUGGUAAUUAUCUCCUUCUUUUUGACAGUAGAAUGCUGCAUGAAGUACAGUGUGUUUAAACCACUAAGCAACGCAUAUUCAACCUCGAUCCUACUAACUGUAGGAAUAUACAGUGUGUGCGCGUGUAUGCGUGCGUGUGUGUGUAUGUGUGUAUAUGUAUAUAUAUAUAUAUAUAUAUAUAUAUAUAUACAGACACACACGCACGGUGACUAACUGGUCAGCACUUCCGGUUGUUUGGUUAAUUGAAAACUCUAAAUUGCCCAUAGGUGUGAAUGUGGGUGCAAAUGGUUGUUUUUUUUUAUAUGUGCCCUGCGACUGGCUGGCGACCAGUUCAGGGUGUCCCCUGCCUCUCGCCCGAAGAUAGCUGGGAUUGUCUCCAGCACGCCCGCAACCUGCAUGAGGAGAAGCAGCAAUGGAUGGAUAUAUAUAUAUAUAUAUAUAUAUAAUAAAAUCAACUAAUUAGGACAGCAUGUGUAACUACUGUCAAUUCUGAUCCAUAAUACACUGUAACUGUUUCGAGACAUCUUGUGGAAUAAAAAAGCCACUGCAGCAUGUUAAGAAAAUUAGUCUCAUCCAUGAAGAGUAGGACUGGCCAUGAUGGCGAGAAGUUUGCACAUUUGUCACUGACCCAAACAACUCCAUCUACGGUCCCAUAAUGUCACAACAUUGUUAAUGGGUUAACAACAAUCCCAAAUCAUCAAACUCUGGCACUCUGUCCUUGUAUAAGGGUUAUCAAAAUGACUUGGACUGUCAGCAUUUUAUGGGGUGUAAGUAAAUGGUCUGAGUAAAUUUUAGAAAUAUUUUUGAGCCUUCACAUCCAUUCAUUUUAACUUUAUUUCUUUAUUAGGGUCGUGUUUGAGCUGGAGUGUGACCAGCUGACUUUGGGCGAGAGGCGGGUUACACUGAUCGCCAGUCAACUGCUGGGCACCCAUUCACAUCUCAAGGCAAUUUAGAGUCUUGACUUAACCGUACAUGCAUAUUUUGGGCAUUUGGGAGGCAGCCGGCGUACCCAGAGAAAACCCACACAAGCACAGAGACAACAUGCAAGCGCCACAAAGGAAGAGAGGGGUGAGACACGAAUCCAGAACUUUGAAACGGUAAAGCAUAUGGUUUAACCACUAACACACUGUGCCUGCCCAGUGCCCUCAAUUCCAUGUCAGUGUUGCACAUUGAAAAUACAGUAAUAUUUUCUGGGAACCCUGCAGUCAUGGACCCAAUCACUUCCCCACCUUACGGUACCCUUGACUGUAUAGCUCGUGUAGGGUUGUCCAAAGUCUGGUCGUCGGCCAUUUGAGUAGAUUUUAAAAUAGGCCCACAUUUAUAUUUUAAUAAUAAAAUUACACAAA